AUGGAUAAAGGCCAGAUAUCUCGCAAACAGAACAAGGAAAAAUUGCAGAAAGAAAGUCAUAGUGAGAUUGAAAGAAAACGACGUGAACGAAUGAAACUGGAAACAGAAUUCUUACAUCGUCAAGUAUCACAUUCUCAAUGUAAAGAUAAAUUAUCCAUCUUUCUUGCUGGUGCUGAGAGACUUAUCCACUAUGGUAAUAAACUAGGCAAACGAGAGUAUAUCAUCAAUGAUGAAGAGUAUUCACGUAUUAUUAUCAAUACUAUUGAUGGAUUCGCUAUCCAUGUCAGAUGUUCUGAUGGUGAAAUAAUGUAUGAGGAAAAUGUUCAAAAAGUGCUUGAUAUACCCCAGGCCAACUUUGUCGGUAAAACACUUUAUGAUGUGGCUGAACCAAGUAGUAAUACAAAACGAAUUAUUUGUGAUAACCUUAUUUUCUAUGGUUCUGAGAUGCAACAAGCUAAAGAUGGAGAACUUAUUCCCCGGAAUUUUGUAAUUGCUAUGCGUUGUGGUCCUGGUGUUCCGUUAAGAAAUUGUGUACGUGGAUCUGACUGUCAACUGUAUCGAUUCAUUGAAUUCUGUGGGGAUAUUGUAUAUCAGAAAAAUAAUGUUUGUGAAGCUAAUGCUUUAUUUCGUGGAGUUUGUCGUCCGUUGGAUAUGGCUUGUCAAACGGUCUUUGAUAAUAAACAGUUAAAUAAUCAAACAAAUCCAUUCGAAGAGUAUACUUCACCUACAGAGACUCCUAUCACUUCCGCUGAUCAUGUAACCCUACGUAUUGCGGCGGAUAACUUCUCAAUCACGGAAGUUGUUGGCAAUUCUUCCUCAAUACUGGGUUGGGAUGUUGACGAUAUAUUGAAUAAACAUAUUGAAGAUUUUGUUACGAUUCCUGAACAGAGUAUUGUGAAGCAUGCAUUAAAAGAAACCAGUAGCAAUGGUUCAUUUAAGAUUUUUAUCAAUUGGUUGGAUCGUGAAAAAACCAGUCCAGUCUACUUAAAAGCUUUAUUUACAGCUAUUCAAUUGAACAAUUGUUUAUAUUGUAUUGUAUGCAAAUUGUAUCCAUCAACUGAGUCUACACUGUUGUCUCAAUGCAAAUUGGAACCAGAGUCUCCAAUUUCGAAACAUUCAAAUUGUUCAAGGCUGGAAAUAUCGGAUAGCCAAAACAUUUUACCGUUUGAUUGGAAUAAUAAUCUAUGCAAUAAUUACUCCACAGCCAACACAAAACCGAAUGAUUUUACAAUUGAAUCUUAUCCCAGUACUACUAAUAGAUCAGUUUGCAGAUCUGAUCCCCUAACCACUGAUAUCAAUGAUAACUACGAUACACUAUCGAAUCCUAGUGUAGAAAAACAUUUUCACCCUGUAAGCACAUCCUAUGAACCUAUACAGGGAAAAGAUAAACUCAGUAUAACAGUUGCAAAUGAAGUCUACACCAACAGUAAAGAUUCUGAGGCACAUCAACGUCCUAUUUUCUCUGUUGACACAGAUGACGCAAUUCCUGAGGAAAAUAAUGAUGAAACAGUUGACUGCAAAUAUCCAUCUACCAAUGGGGCAACCGAUUUGGUGUGUAAUAAUCCUGAUGGAGAAGACUGGCGUCAACUUCCUGUGAAUACUAGUUUUACCAAUAUGCUUUCUGAAGGCGAUUUACCAGAACUGUUCAAUCCUGAUUAUAUAGAAGAUCUCAUCAAAGAAGAUAUAACUGACUUAUGA